AUGGUGGGCUUACAUGAUGGAGAAAAGCUUAGGAAGUACUACGCCUUCCCACGAAUCGAUUAUGUGGUCGAAAUACACUCUAAUCGUUCAUGGGACCUGAAAGUUUACCUCAUACCAGUCUUUUGCCUAUGUGGAAUCUUCUUCGUCGGCCUGCUCUGCAUGUUCGUUUUUCGAUGGUACGAGCUUCGCCGAAGACGUCGUCUCUGUUGUCUUACCUCUCGUCAACUCUGGCGUUUGCCACAGACGAAGUAUUCUAAGGGUCAAAAUGGAACCGAUACGUGCGCCAUAUGUUUGGAGGAUUACGAAAAUGGGGAUCUUCUACGUACUUUGCCUUGUGAUCACGCCUAUCAUACCAAGUGUAUCGACCCAUGGCUCUUAAAAAAUCGUCGGGUUUGUCCAAUCUGCAAGCGCACAGUGUUCCCUCAAAAACCGAGAUCUCGUUCCAUAUUCCGCUGUUUCUGUUGCAACCGUGUCACCACCGUGGAUGUGAAUGAUGACUCAGGUGACCGUUUGAUGGAUGAAGAGUCCGACACUUAUGAGGCGAACACGGAGUAUCAGCAGCAGCAACCUGUCGACGGUGACGUUACACAUUACGGUGCCAUCGCAUCGUCUGUUGUUCGACGACCUCGUGUAUCCGUGGAUCCUGCGGGCGAAUGCACUCCUUUACUCAAUGGAGCGCCCGUUUUUCGCAACACUCUUUCAAAGCUACCAAUCCGUGUUAGACACAGUGCACCUUGUUUCCUUAACCAAGAUUAUGAUCUCCUUCCAUCUCGAAGUUACACAUUUUUAACGAAUUAUGGCGCGAAGAUCACGGACUCCGUUCACAUUGGAUUGCCACAUUCUAAAGCAGGUAGUGUUCCAUCUCCCAGUGGUUCACUUCCCUGUUGCUCAAGCCACAUUUCUUCGCGCAGCUCCCAGUCCACGACAGUCAGCUCCCACCACAGUGCUCCACAUUCGUCUGCCACUCGACCUACAGCUGAUGGUUCCACCGCGGGCGAAGUUCGAGUGGAUCGAGUACGUGCCAUUGUGCACUGCAGUCAGUCUUCGAAUCUUGACCGUGUUUGA